GAGCUGUACCACGGGGCUAGCCUCCUCUGUUUCACUGCCUUCCUUUUAGGCUAUAAAAUAGUUAAAUUUGUACAGCCUUAAACACUACAGCAGUAAAGUUCAAAGAUCACAUUCAGUCACCAGCCACAUCCAUAUGUAGCUUUGCUUUAAAUACCCUCCAUUUAGCUGAUAAUACUUUUGUACUUUUACUGAAGUAACGUGUUGAACGCAGAUUUUCCACUUGCUGCGCAGUAUUUACAACGUGCUACUGCUACUUUUACUUAUGUAAAGUAUCUGAGUACUACUUCCAUGUCUGGUAAACAGUGGAGCUCCGGACCCCCCGCCUGCGCAGAACAACCAUCUCCUCACGUUCGCGCUACACGGUCAGGUGGGCGUGUUCCAGCGCUGUCAUUGGACAAACGCUGUUCCCUUUACUUUUCGACUUCCGCUUUCUUUUCAGACGCACGUCCAGCCACUGAAUAAUGAUAAUAAUGAUCAAGAUGGCUACUACAGAAUCUUUCUUGCGGUAGCAAACAACCAGUUUCAUGGAAGAACUCAAAACUGCGAUUACUUUCCGUUAAAGUCCCUCGUAGGUGGCGGGAGCGGUGUCGGAGAUCAUACUAUAUGGAUUAAAACGGGUUGAGAGGAGAUAAAAGUCUUUGUGUUGCCUGCAGCACUCACUGGGGAAGCUAGCUCGCUAGCAGAGCAACUAGCUAGCACUACUUGUCGACCAUCUCCAGGUUUAGCUCUCCAGCCCACGGCAAAGGAGUGUGGCGCUCCCCGUUUUGCUUGCCCGGUCGUCGGACGGAGAGCGUCAAAUGGGAGAACCGAGGAAAGUUCCGUUCGUCACCAUCUCAUCGUUCAACACGUCGCCGCCGACCCCGGAGUCCAGCAAAAAGCGCCGUCGCGAAGAUGAGGCCGUGGACAUCAGUUUUGGGAAAGAUGGAAGUGGAAGUGCCGCGGCAGUGGGGUCAGGAGGUGGCGGAGGUCUGUUUGGGAACACGAAAGGAGGUGACACCGAGAGUGAGGAGACGAAACCGACCGUCCGUCUCAACCUGUCACUCCCCGAGCCAAAUGAGAGAGGGUCCGUUGAGUUCAACUACGGCGAGCUGGUCCACUCAACUCUUACUCAGGUAAAGCUUGUAAAGUCAACAGUCCCUAAAGGGCUUGCUCCUCCUCUGGACCCCAACGACCCCUUCGCUGAUGAUGAGAAGGAGCGACGGGAGGUAGAAGAGCUGGCCAAGAAAUUUGAGAGCAAAUAUGGUGGUGGAACAAAGAAGAAGAAAAAGGACAGGAUGCAGGAUCUCAUUGACAUUGGCUAUGGCUAUGAUGAGACCGACCCAUUCAUAGACAACUCAGAGGCUUAUGAUGAGCUGGUCCCGGCCUCUCUCACCACUAAACACGGAGGCUUCUACAUCAACACGGGCACGCUGCAGUUCAGACCGGCUUCUGACUCGGAGGGAGAAAAUGCAGGAACGCAGGAUCAUCACUUCAAAAAGAUGAAAGAUGGCGACGAGCGGGUGAUAAAGAAAAGGCGGAAAAAGCAAGAUGGUGGAAUUCUGGAGGAAAAGAAGCCCAAGAAGAACAAAGUCCCAAAGCCAGGAGUUUCAACCCUGACCGGUCAUCGACCGGAAAAGAAGAAGAGGAAGAAGCUGAUGAAGGAUUCUAUCAACUUGGCCAACAUGUUGCGGCGCUUCACCAAGGAGAAGGAGGAGAUGCGUAAGAAAAACCUGGCUCCCGCCAGUCUGCCACGGCCCAGCGCCAGCAGCACGCUCCUCAACACCCACCCCAAGGCUGCUGGUGGCAACGACUGCAGCAUGGCUGACCUGAGCGCUGACCCAGCUGUGAUGUCACUGCUGGGAUCAGCCAAUAACGACAUCCUGCAGGACUUAAUGGGUGACCUGGACUUCGGGAUGCUGGACUCUCCUCAGCCUUCAAGUCCAGCACAGGGUGAGAACGGCUCCUUGGGGAUGGGACACAAAGCCGGUGGUAGCAGGGUGUCACAGGGUAACAUGAUGACCCCUCCACCUCUGCCCAGCGGACUCCCAGGGCCCCUCGCCAAGCGUAUCGAAGACCUGAGAGCGGCGUCCCGUCUGUUUGAUGAAGAGGGUCGGAAGAAAUUCUUCACAUUGGACAUGAACAACAUCCUCCUGGAUAUUGAGCUGCAGGUGCAGGAGCAGCCUGUAGACGUACGUUCAGCUGUCUACUCUCACCUGGAGGCCUUUGUGCCCUGCAAUAAAGAAGCUCUGCUCAAACGCCUUAAGAAGCUCAGCCUCAACAUACAGGAUGACCGUCUUCGAACACCCCUGCUGAAGCUGAAGCUGGCGGUGUGCAGUGUGAUGCCAGAGCAGAUUGCUCGCUACAACAUGGACUGCAUUGCUAAAGUGGCAAAGCAGCAGUCUGAGGAGGGAGAGAAGAACGGCUCAGAGGACGAUGACGAGGAGAAACCAGGAAAGAGGGUGAUGGGGCCUCGAAAGAAAUUUAUCUGGGAUGACAAACUCAGGUCGCUGCUCUGUAACCUGGUGCGGGUGAAGCUGGGCUGCUACGAGCUGGAGGGCAAGAACUCUCUGUCACUGGAGGAGUACCUCAAAGCCUUCAUGGAGACAGAGGUCAAACCUCUCUGGCCUAAGGGCUGGAUGCAGGCCAGGAUGCUAUUCAAAGAGAGCACCAUGGUUCAUGGUCACCUCACAGGCUACACAGCCAAGAAAAAGAUGCUCCCUGCUCCCAAGGCCAAGCCAAAGGAGGCUGUGUGGGUCCAGCGCUCCACACCUUCAGCCGGUGCUACGUCCUCCCCUGCUGCUCAGGUUUCCAAGCGACCACCUCAGUUGCCGUCGGAGCCCAUAUGUCUUGACUCCCUCGAUGAGGACCUGACUCCUUCCUCUCUGGACUCCAUCUCCCAGGCUCUCGCCAUCCUCAGCAGCGAAGCCAAGGUCCUGGCCCAGGGGGACAGCCUCCCGUCCCCAGAUGGACCCAAGACAGCCCCCAACCCCUCCUCCCUGCACGCCUCCCCACUCCUCCCGCAGCAGAAAAAGAGCUCCGUCAGUGCUCCCAGCUCCACUGCACCUCACUACAGCUCUACCUCCUCGUCUUCCUCCACCUCUCUGUCUCGGCCUGCGUCUGUCACAUCCUCUUCUCUGCCCUCAGGGAGGGUGGAUGGGAUGGGGGUGGUCAAGGGCAUGUUGCAGGUGCACAGACAGUCAGUGCUGAACCCUCAGAGACCUUUGGGUGUGGCUAAAGCCAACAUGCCUGCCUCGGCGUCGCCACCUAAGCCGCGCCCACCACCCACUGCGUCUCCGCUUGUGCCCCCGGGAUCGAAGGGAGGGGUGUCCACUCCCCCUUCUGGCCUCCUCAAAGGCAGCAAUAAUAAAGGCAACAUUGGUGAGACGCUCAUCAUCACAUCACCUCAGUCUCGCCCUCUCACGCACUCAUCGCCCUCGUUCAUGACCCCCAAAACCUUUCAGACGCCGCACCUGCCUCAGACCCCCCAGAGUAAAUCCUCCCCCUCGCCUUCCAUGGCUCAGACACUCCCUGGAGUCCAGUCACAGCCCCAGCCACUGUCCAACUUCAUCACACCUAUGCACGCGACUCUCACUAAGUCCACACACAGCAGCGUCCCACCCAUCAUCAAACUCACUCCCCGCACCCCCAACCCCACUGUCACCGCCACUACCUCAGCCUCGCCCUCCAUCUCUCAGAGCCCCCGGUCUCAGGCAACCCCCACCAUACACCAGUACUCCCCCAAAAGCCCAGCAGGGUUCCGGCCGCCGUUCUCAGGUGCCCAAGGAGGAACAACCAAGGCAGGGCAAGGCAGCUACACUCCUCCAGGCAGCCAGAAGACCCCCAGCAACAUCAGCACCACCAGCACCAGCCUUAUUAACACCUCAUCCAUAAGCAAGCUUUCAGGAUCCAGUGCCUCCCCCACAGCGGCCUCUGUCAACCCAGGCCAGCGUCAGAGGCCUGGGGGUGGGACACCUCAGGGGGCCAAGCCAGUCACAGCUGCUUCAUCCUCAUCUGUCUCUUCUCAGUUGCCACAGGUGUCCACAGCGGGCGGCGGGACUCUGCUCGGCUCAGCCUCGUCUCUUCCCCUGGGCUUUGGGAUGCUGGGGGGUCUGGUGCCCGUGUCCCUGCCCUUCCAGUUCCCCUCCCUGCUAAACCUGCCCCCCCUGGGAACAGCAGGCUCCAGUACAGCAGCCAGCGGCUCCUCGACCAGUAGCAAUGCACCGUUCUCCAGCCUGACCCAGAAUCUGUAUAAGAGUCUCCAGUCAGGGUCUCAGGUUGCUCUGCCUCCUCACUUGCAGCUCGCUUUCUCAGAUGUCAGUCAAAGCCAGGGAGGAGACACCAAGAGGAAGACCCUGUGACACAGCUGGAUGUCUCCACCUAGUGGACGCCGUCUCAUGAAACCAGGUGUUGGGACAAGUCAGGACGGAGCUUUGACCACUGGUAACAGGGUCUGAAACACAGACGGGCUUACACUUGAUCCGAGGAGCUCAGCUCAAGUUCUUAUGAACACAGCUUUUUAAAUGAGUUGAUAGUUUUUAAAUACUAUUCUUCAUAGAACUGUUAAAUGAAAUGUUUACAGAAUAGACCUUUAUCACUGUGGACAGGGAGAAGGGGUGACUGGGAUUUUUAGCUGAGUGACAGGUUGUGUGAGUGACUGUGUUUGGCUGGUGCGCCUUUGUACGUCUCCCUCUCUGAUGCAUGGUCAGUGUCUAUUUGGUGCUGUUUUUAUCACAAUGUAAUUAUCACUGAUACCUGUAAGAAAUGUAAACAGCAAAGUGAUGAGUUUGAGCUUUUCCCCCAAUGAGAGCUGUACACUUUUUCAUUGAACAUGAAUUCUUGAAUGAAUUCGUUUCUGUAUAGAACUCAAACCUGCUUUUAAUUAAAGUCUUUCCCUUCACAGUUUGCUGUGACACAACUGGCUCAUGUGUGAAACUGAAGUCAUACAAGUCCAAAGGAAGUGUAACAAAACAGAGGCAGCACACACAAAUGGGCAGGGGCCAUUUAAUUUAAACCCUGAUUUGGCUAUUAAAUCAAAUUCAAUCACAACACUAACAGAACCCAGACAUGACAGUUUUGGUAAGAUUUAAAAGAUGGCUGGUAGCAUUUAUUUUCCACAAAAACUAGCAGCAACAAUCAGUGUGGUGUACUCAGCGUAACGUGUGUGAGUCCAGGGGAUUCAUAGCUGGUGGACAGCAGUGGAGGUCUACGGCACAGAGCGAUGAG